CCCCUACAAGUGUAUGUCUGUUACUAUUUCUGAUGUUUGAUUUGUGUCCUAUCCUUUAUUGUAGAGACUCUCCGGUUUGGCCAAUAUACGUGGCAGGAGGCAUUGCUGGCACAAAAAAAGCUAAGACUGACUGACUGUGCUUAGACCGCACUUAAUUUUGGAACAAUGUCUAAACUAACCCCUGUACCAUUCUUGGCUGAGGACUACCAGCGCAUAGCACAGAACAAAAACAAUCCUAUCCAGCUUGUAUCUCUAUGCACUUUUUAGUCUGCUGAGAGACAGAAAUUGAAAGCCCAGAAUUUUCAAGAAGCAAGCGCUGCAGAUAGUUGAUGUGACAUUGUCAAUGAAUGGUCAUUUUAGUGAUGAUGGCCGACCAGCCACCUCCACUAGAAGCCACACCUAUAAUGAAUGAAGUGCCACUUCUACCUCAUAUGGUUAGUGGGGACAGCAUACAACAGGUUAUACUUGUGCAGGUAAACCCAGGAGAAACUUUCACAAUUAGAACUGAAGAUGGACACAUCCAGUGUAUUCAAGGUCCUGCACAUGUUCCUAUGAUGUCACCAAAUGGUUCUGUGCCUCCAAUAUUUGUGCCUCCUGGUUAUGUAUCUCAGAUGGUAGAAGAAAAUGGAGUUCGUAAGGUGGUGGUAUUACCACAUUCGUCUGACUUCCAUCCUUCCAUGCAUCCCCCUCCACCACAUGUGCCACAUUACAUGCAUCCUCACCCUGCUUUGCUUCCCCACCCACCUCAUCCAGUGUACUCUCCAGUUCCAGGGACAGGAGAAAUACCUCCACAGUUCAUUCACCAACCUCCUCCACCACCACAUGUUUAUCAAGAACAAGAACCUCGUUCCCAUGGAAGGGCAAAUUUUAUUCAGCGAGAUGAAAGGGCUGUCAAAAUGCAAGAACACUUGAAGAAAAGACUUAAGGAGAGACAAGCUAGUGGACAUACUAAUAAUAAACUUAACAGCCCUCCUUCGUCACCACUUAAAGUCCAUAAUUCUUCCAAUACAAAUGUUCAGAAUGGAUAUGGAAAUGGAAAAGGACAGCAAGCAGCUUGUGGGAUCAUAAAGCAAAAACAAACAGGAAAAUCAAGAGCAAGCCCACCAGCAGAUUCAGAUAUGGGAGAGUCUGACACAGAAUCCAAAAAGUUGUAUGAUCUUCAGUUAAGCAUUGGUAAACCUGUAGUUUCUGAUGUACAAGCAAGAUCAGCAGUUCUGUCCUGGAAUCUUCCAGUUAGUUCUCAGAAUGGAGAAAGUCAUGGUCUCACACCAGCAACAUUUAUCUUUGAAGUAGCAGUAUCCAACAGCGGUAAAAAUGGAAAAUUUAAAUCUGUCUAUAUAGGAGAAGAAACAACAAUUACCCUUCCUGAGCUCCGACCAGCAACAGAUUACCAUGUCAGAGUUUCAGCAACAAGUAAUUCCAUAAAAGAAUCUGUUUCCGAAUUGGUGAGUUUUACUACAGAAAGUUGUGAACCAGACCCUCCAGCUGCACCUAAACUAAUCAACAGAACAAAAAACAGCUUGAGUUUACAGUGGAAGUCUUCGAAUGAUAAUGGUUCCAAAAUAACUAAUUUUCUCUUAGAAUGGGAUGAGGUAAGCCCUUUAUUUUUACAAUACAAACUAACCAAACUUUCUCCUUCUACAAAAUACUUGUUCAGAGUAGCUGCCAAAAAUGACAUCGGAAUGAGUGGGUUUAGUGAGACAAUCGUCCCUUCACCGCCACUGCCCCCUCAGUUAACUGAAGCAGGCGUAACAUGGUUAUCAUUAAAUUGGAGCCCAUCUAAUGGCAUGUCUUCAGAUGACUCUCUGACAUACAUUUUAGAUAUGGAAGAAGAAGAUUCUGGUUAUGGUUUUCAGCCUCAAUAUAAUGGAGAUGAACUCUCAUGCACUUUAAAAAAUCUAAGGAGGAGUACUUCUUACAAGUUUAGGCUCUCUGCCUGCAGUAAUGAAGGAAAAAGCAACCCUAGUGAGGUAGUAGAAUACAGCACUUUUCCUGAUAAACCUGGACCACCAAGUAAACCAAGUGUAAAGGGAAAGAUCCAUUCCUACAAUGUGAAAGUAACAUGGGAUCCACCAAAAGAUAAUGGAGGAUCAGACAUUUCUAAGUAUUUUCUAGAAAUGUCAGAAACUUUAAUUGGAAGUAAAUGGGAAGUAAUAUAUAGUGGUUCUAUGAGGGAACAUGUGUGUGAUCAUCUCAAGCCUGGUACUUUAUACAGACUCAGAGUUUACUGCAUCAGUAAGGGAGGUGAAAGCCCGGCUUCUGAUGUUCUGACUGUACAAACAUCAGCUGUUCCUCCUGGACCUUGCCGUGCUCCAUGCCUGGUUGGCAAAGCUAAGCCCAGAGAAAUAACUCUACAAUGGGAUCCCCCUUCCACAGAUGGAGGCUCAGAAGUAACAGAGUAUAUUGUAGAGAUGGCAAACUCUGAACAAGAGGAACACAGGCUAGUGUAUCAGGGUUUGACAACAGAAUGCACAAUGAACAGUCUACUUCCUGGGAGAGUGUACUGCUUCUGGAUAAGAGCAGGAAAUAAAGCUGGGUUUGGCUCUCUCUCUGAAAAAGCAGAGAUUUCUACAGCUGCAGGACCUCCUGAUCAGUGUUGUGCACCCUUGUUAACCUGUAAGGCUGCCACCUGUGUAGUGGUCACCUGGGAGAGUCCUGCAUGCAAUGGUGCUGAAAUUUGUGAAUAUAGGCUGGACUGGGGACAAAUGGAAGGAUCAAUGCGCAUCAUCUACACAGGGCCUGGUCUCAGCUAUGAAGUGAAAGGCCUUACACCUGCAACCACAUAUUAUUGCAGAGUACAGGCUGUGAAUAUAGCUGGAGUUGGCUUGUUUGGUGAUAUUGGUGUGGUAACAACACCAGCAUCAGUGCCUGCAGCAGUGUCAGUACUACAUCUGCUUGAAGAAGAUCAAAUGGAAAUUCCUUGUCCCUUGUCAACGUGCCUUGCCAUUCAGUGGGAGGAACCAUGUUGCCAUGGGUCAGAUGUCAUUGGUUAUAAUAUAGAAUAUGGGGAAAAGCAACUUGUAACUGUUGGUAGAGUUACGAGCCAUAUUCUGGAGAAUCUGCACCCUGAUACUUUGUACAGGAUUAGAAUACAGGCCAUAAACAACUUUGGAGUUGGUCCUUUCAGUCAUUCCAUUAAAGCCAAAACAAAACCAUUACCUCCUGACCCGCCUCAUCUUGAAUGUGUGGUCUUCAGCUACCAGAGCCUUAAACUGAAAUGGGGUGAAGGUCCUAGUAGAGCUUUAAUUACCAAUCCUACACAGUUCAACUUGCAGAUGGAGGAUAAGUUUGGCAGAUUUGUUACUGUUUAUAGCGGACCUUGUCAUACAUACAAGGUGCAGCGACUUAAUGAAUCCACUACAUAUUAUUUUAAAAUCCAGGCAUACAAUGAUGCUGGAGAAGGAGAGUUUUCUGAAGUUUAUACUUUCACUACAACCAAAUCUCCUCCAGCAUCUCUCAAAGCACCCAAAAUAAAUCAGGUGGGAGAAAACAUCUGUGAAAUCACAUGGGAGCCUUUACAAUCAAUGAAAAAAGAUUCUAUUGUUUACAUGCUUCAGCUUUCCUGUGGGAGAGAAGUGGAUCAGGUAUACAAGGGAUCAGAGACUUCAUUCCGUUUCACAAACUUUCAGAAGAACCGUGAAUAUCGGUUCAGAGUCUGUGCUGGACGCCAGUAUCAAGAUUCUACUGGAUUACAAGAACUGUAUGGACCUUACAGUCUCAGUACAGUAUUUUCAUCUCAAAAACAAGAGUUGGUUUCACAAUGUACUAAUUCUACAGCUGAACUUGCAACUGAUAAGGUGUUACGGGAUGACAAGCUUGCUGCUUUUCUUCUUCUUCUGGGGUUUGCAGUCGUUGCUGUUUUGUUUGCUGCUGUUAUUCAGUACUUUGUAAUCAAGUAGACUAUUUAAAGCCUAGUCAUUAUUCAGUUUUUUAUAAAAAAGUUAUUCUGAGUAUUUAUGUUGAUUCAUUCUAAAUUAAAUCCUAGUUGGAAAUGAUGGUAUAAGAGAUACACAUGUUUCCAUCUUUGCUGCUGCCUGACAUUAAGACUGGGUUGGCAGAAACCUUCCAAAUAACACAACUAUCAUAGAAUGGGUAAUCCUGGGUACUCUGUAAUUGGGGUUAGCUCUUAAUAAAAUAGCAAAAAAUUGCUGCCCUCCUUCCCCCCAUAAAUACACAGCUUGGCCACUUGGCCAGUUAGAGAAAAGGCUUUCUAUGAUGUCCUUUGAAGGCAAGUGGUAGGGGAUCAGCAACUUUUAAUCAAGUAUUGUUACAGUUUGGUAUACAUGAAAUACAGCAGCAAAAAUUCUUAAGCUUAGAACAGUACUGUACUACAGAAUAUUGCUAGAGCAAACCACAUUUAACAUACUGUAGAAGGAAAACACAAUAUGAUACUACUUUGCAGUUAUUAUAAUGUUUGGGGUUCAAUAAUAUUUCAAAUGUUAGAGGUGCCAGCAUUUUUCGAAUUUUAAUUAAAAAUGCUAGAGAUGUAAUAUACAUAGAGUGAUUGCAUUUCUAUGUAAUAUUGCAAAUUGCUCCCCCUUUGUACUUUACACUUGAGUGAAAUGCUUCAGCUGCUGGUAAACAACUGUUAGCCCAAUCCACAUUUUCAUUCUCAGUGCCUGAGAACCGUUAUUUCCUGUGCAUCUGAUUGAAUCUUUUCAGAAUUUUCAGAAAAGGCACAGAUUUUGUCUUUAAGAAGAAAGAGUGCAUUUAUGAUAAAUGUUUCACUAUUGGCUCAAACUGAGCAAAUGUUUUCGUACUAUUCUUAACCUAAAAAUAAAAAGUUCAAACUGCUUUUGGAUGAUCUUCUGUCCUUAUCUGAAUUAUCAAACUAUAUGUGAAAUAUUUUUAGGUAACAUUUUACAGUGUUUUAAAUUAAUUUGUCACAAUGGUGGCAGUUCACAUUCCAUUAUGGUGGUGGUGAGAACUUUCAGUUUGCUAUGAAACUUUUUUCCAAAACUUGUCAUGCAUGUCUGACUGUUUUGAGGAAUAUUUUUGGUGGAUAUGAUGCACUACAUAUGAUUGACUUCCUUGUCAAACAUGUUCUUUAGAUAUCUGAAGAUAAGUCUGACAGCUAUUGUCUUUUCAUCAACUGUUUGGAAAGCUGGAAGACACAGAUUUAGAUAUUUAUUUGAAAGUGCGUUGUCUUACUUAUUUUGGCAUUAAAAGAACAUGCCAUACAAUGUUACAGAUUUAAUAUACUUUGCAAGUGCUACAGCUACACUUCCUGGACACCGGGGUGGUGUAUUUGCAUAUAGGAUAGUACUGUUGGGUACAGGCUCAUUCUUCGAAAGAAUAAAACAUCUUAAGGAUAUUUCUUCUAUGGUUGCUAAGUUCAACUUUGAGGCAUUGUGUUGCGUUUCAAAUGUGGAAAUCCUAAAUUAUGACAUAGUAUCAUUUAAUAUUCUUAAAAGUAGAUUUAUGGUGCAAUCUGAAAUUAACUUUUCAAAAACAUACUCUUCUUUUUGUACUCUAUUUAUUUUGAUUUAAAAAGUCCUGGAAAAUGUAUGUUUGAAUGUAUUGUUCUACUUGUAGCAGAACUUUAAUCAUUUGUAUUAUGGAGUCUCUCUUCAGUUUUGAAAAGAGUUUUAUGCAGAUAUUAGUGUCUUCAGUUUUCCGAAGUUUACAAAUAUGCCUUUAUUUCCUUUCAUAGUUUACUUUUAGAAAACAAUAGACUGCCUUCAGCAAAUUUCUUUUGCCAAAGGAUUUUUUUCUUUAACUCAUAGACGAACAGAGCAAAUCAUUUAGUGAUUUAUUUGGCAAUAGCAUUUCUGAUAUGUUUUUAAAAUAAUAAAGUAGGCUUUCAGAAUAAAUAUUAACUAAAAUCAUGACUUCCUAGAAAAUUAAAAUAAAAUGCUUCUGAAUUGCCACUAAAUGUUAUUUCCAGAAAAUAUACUGAAAAGUAUAGUGUAAUGUAGAUUUUAUAUUGUUUAUUAUGCAUUCCAUAUUGAUGUACCCUAGUGGCAUUAACAUACUAGGUAUUUUCAUUUUUCUUGUAUUUGUAAUUUUGAGAUCUCAAACUUAUGUUAAAACUGCCAUGCAUUGUAUUACUAA